UUAAAAGCAUAUGUGGACAUUGAAAUAUUUGGGCUCCAGUUUCCCUCUCUCGAUGUAGAAUUUGUGUACAGUGUUGGAUCACUAGGACAAUGUAGCCGGUUUAAUUAUAUGUAUGAUUUACUGAAAGGGAAGAAUGCACUGCGGGCAAUGGGUGUCUUUACCAUUCACAAGGAACUUGGAUAUUUCUUGGAAGUAGCAAAUGGAUAUGGAUUAGAGAUAGCAUUCAGCAAGGAAGCAAAAGAAAAAACAAUUGUGCACCUUAUCGCCAAUGCUAAUUUCCUCGGUCUAAGAGCACGAGUUGAUGUCUUCAUAUCUCUGUUUAAGCUUGGCUUUGGUUUUGAGGCAAAUGUGUUUAACAUAUUCCGAGCAAGAAUCGACGCAGAGGCCUCUGUCCCAGGAUUCACUCCUUUUCAAGAUUUACUGUACAAAGUAACUGUUCAGUUUCUACCUGGUGGAGAUGAUUCGUUUGAAGGAAGCUUUGGUGAUGCACUGCGGCAUGCUAUUCAAAACAUUGCAAACGCAGCAAAUGAUCGUUUAACUGCUGCACAGAAUGGACUUGCAGCAGCAAGAGGUGGUCUCACCAGAGCUCAGCAAUGGCUCGAGGCAAAAAAGAGUGAUGUAGACAAAGCUAAUGUUGUAUUCGAUAGAGGCGUUGAAGGACUAGAAAGGGCAAAGGAAGCUGUUGAAAGAGCAAAGGGACCAUUGAA